CUGGGCAGGUACCUCUUCCUCCCAGCCAGACCACACCAGCCCUGGGCCUACUGCAGCUGCUCAGGCGAUGUUUGCCACCUGUGCCCUGGCCUCGGCCGUGGCCCAUCAGGUGCCCCUGUGGCAUCACUAUCUACUGGCCAUCCAGUCACGGGAGGCACCCCGUGUCCAGGACUACCAGAGAGCAGAGAACGUGCUGCUCACGGUGUUGGAACAUGUGCACACACUGGACCCCCGCUUCCUCGUGGACUACUCCCGAGACCUGGAGGCCUUCCAGUUUGCACUGCGCUCCUCAGAGGACCCACUGGACGUGGAGGUGCCCCUGCGAGUGGACGCCGAAGCUCUUCUGAUUGAGGAGCCUGAGGCCACCGAGCCAGGGGAUGGCUUUGAAAUCUGUCGCCUUGGUGUCCCUAAGGAAGCAGCUGUCCUGGAGUCAUGGAUGACCGAUGAUGUCUUCAGCGCCUCCUCAGAGGGCAGUGACAAGUGUUGUGGCCACAUUGUUCCCAGCAAAGUCCUGCGUGUCCUCAAAGACCUUCUGGUGGCCGCCAUUGUGCACUGUAAACACCACAGCGUCAUCCCCCCAGGUUCGCUGAAUGCUGCCAACCUGAAGGAAGGGCAACUGCGCCUGUCCCUGCUGGUGUCCAGUGGCUGGAGGAAGAUCCGCUUCAACGUUGUGCCCGUGGUGAGGAAGAAGCACCAGGUGCCCACCUUGGAAGGAUCCCAGUUGGAGCCUGGAUUCCCUGAGGGCACCUUGAGAAGAAUUGCCAGUCAUGGGGUGGACUUGGUGCCCGCUAGUGGCCAGCACUGGAGGACUUCCACUGGCUACUUGCUCAGCCGCCUGCUUGGUGUACUAGGCUCCCUCCCUGGCCACCGCCUGGACAGCCUCUCCAUCCUCGACCGGGUGAACCUAGAGAGCUGGCGUGGCGGUAGCCAGAGUCCCGGCCUGACCUUCGACCACCUGAAGACAGUGCUGCUGUGGGCCUCUGUGCUCUUCCCAGCGCCAGAGGACUGGGCAGACCUGCAGGGUGCUGUGUAUCGCCUGCUGGUGGUGCUGCUCUGCUGCCUGGCCACUGGAGACCUGCCACACUUCCUCUACCCGGAGCGCAACUUGCUGCAGGACAGUGGCCUGGACCUUGGCGCCAUCUAUCAGUGUGUGGAGCGCUUUGCUAGUCAACCCGAGGAGUCCUUGCGUAUCCAUGUCACCCACCUGAGCCCCGGCCGUCCACCACGCAUCGGCAAUGGAGUCAAGGCACUCCUGCAGCUGCCUGCCAGUGACCGUGCCUACUGGACCACUGCCUACUUUGAUGUUCUGCUGGACAAGUUCCAGGUAUUCAACAUCCAGGAUAAGGACCGCAUCACAGCCAUGCAGAACAUCUUCCAGAAGACCAAGACCCUGGGCAGCGAGAACAGCUGAGCUGGACUGGGCUGCCUAGUCUCUGUCACCCUGAAGAGGCUCCUGGAACUCUUGGAGAAGAAAUGUGUAUAGUGGGGAGGUCUCUUUGAGUGAGUGGUGGGGGGACUUAGUUCCGAUGGACUCCUGUUCAUGGGACAGCUGUGAGAGUCUGGGUACCAGGCGAUGGGAUCUUAGGCAGCUGCCAUGUUCCAGAUAGAGGACUUGAGAUGGACAGGUAUGUGCUUCCUGGAACACAUUGAUCCAUCUGUGUGACACUGAGCAGAGCUGGUAUGGGCAUGAGACUGGAGCGGGGGGGUGGGGGGCUUGUCUCUACCAGUGUUGCAUACCACUCCUUGGGGAUGAAAUACUUUGUACCUAGUGCUGAACAAAGUGAUGGCCCAGUAUACCCCAUGGAGAGGGUCCUCCACUUUCUGUACCUCUCAGUGAAA